AAAUCUUUCAAAGCGUUAUCAUAUAAAUUUACCAAGGAAACAUCUUAUCGUACUUGCGAGUUAUCUUGAAUACCGUUUGUUGUAGCAUGAAAAAGAAUACCUGGAAAUACUAACGGCAGUUAAAGGAUCGCCUAAGGAAAAACGCCUGGCGUCGCAAUUCAUCGCUAGGUUCUUCAAGCAUUUCCCGAAACUAGCGGAUCAAGCUAUAGACGCUCAUUUGGACCUAUGCGAAGAUGAAGAUAUGGCUAUUCGAAAGCAAGCUAUUAAGGAUUUACCAGCACUUUGUAAAGAUAAUAAGGAACAUACGGCGAGAAUUGCAGAUAUCUUAGCACAAUUACUGCAAGCCGAGGACACUUCAGAGCUAGCAGUUGUACAUAACAGUAUUAUGUCGCUUAUGAAGAGCGACCCGAAAGGUACUUUGAGCGGAUUUUUUAGCCAGAUCAUUAAUGGCGACGAUGGAACGAGAGAACGUUGUAUAAAAUUUUUGGCUACCAAACUUAAAGCAUUAGGACGUGACAUUAUCACGAAGGAACCAGAAGAUUUGUUGAUUGCAGAAUGUAAAAAAGUAUUACAGGAUGUGACUGCUGACGAAUUCCACAGUAUUAUGGAGAUCCUUGCAUGGACUAGAUUGGGAUCUACCGUCACUGGUCAACAAGAAUUGAUUGAUAUUACAAUAGAACAAGCUGAAUUAUCUGUACCUUUCAAGCAUACUAAUGUCGAACAGUGGAACAGAUUAGUUCAAUGUGUUAAACAUGCUCUUCCAUUUUUCAGUUCACAGAUAGACUCGUCAAAAUUCGUUUCAUACAUUUGCGUGCAAGUUCUACCCCAUCUUUCCCUGAUGACUUCCCCCGAUGGUAGAGAUAUUCAACUGGAACUGUUAAAGUUGCUUGCUGAAUUAACUGUGUUUUGUGGAACUAUUGAAAAACCCGAAGAUAAAGUUCAACAGCUUUACAAUACUCUUAUUACCUAUAUGCCACUUCCUCCAGCUACAGAAAUUACUGAUGUACCAAAGUUACAAUUUAGUCACGUGGAAUGUUUAAUGUACGCUUUUCACAAACUGUGUAAGCAGACGCCUGAAUUUUUGAUAAAAGAUCCAGAGCAGCUCAAAGAAUUUCGACUAAGAUUGCAAUAUUUUGCGAGGGGCAUUCAAGGUUACAUAAAGAAAUUACGUGAAGCUAUCAGUGGAAAGACAGAAGAGGAAUUGAAAUCUGAGGAAAAUCAGUUAAAAGUUGUGGCACUAAAAACAACCAACAACAUCAAUACUUUAAUCAAGGAUCUGUUUCAUUCACCUCCUAGCUUUAAAAGCAUUAUACAUCUCUCAUGGAAAACGCCAUGCAAUGACAAAAAGAGCGAGAAGAAUUCUGCUCAGAAGAGACAUACACCGAUCACAUUUGGAAAUGACAGCAGUCCGAAUAAACGUAAUAAGGAAGAUAAAAACAACAAAAGGGAAAUAUAUACACCUCCUAGUGGCAAAUACAGUUCAAACAUAUCAAAUUAUGGCCGCGGUAGAUUCAAAGGUAACAGACCUCGAGGAAGAGGUGGAUUCAGGACUAGAGGUCGUGGUCCGUGGCGAAAGAAUUUUUAUUAAUUUUGAAAUUCAUUACACUUG